UUGAGCACCCCCUCUCUUCAACACACUCACUGGCAGACUAGCAAAGAUAUCUGUAGGUCCAUUAUUUCUCUCCGGUUAGUUUCUCACGCAGUGUCGAGAGGAGCAGGAGGGCAGUGAAAUCGUAGAACUGGAGUGAUGUAGCUUCGGUCACUAUCCCUGUAAUACAAUUAUACAACCUCAACUGAAUGUAAAACAAAUUAAAUAGGGUUUUAACUUUUUUUCUGAAAACAAGACGAGAAAAAAAACAUCGGGAUAUUUUUCUCCAAAUUACAAAUCAACAGCUUUAAAAGGACUUAAAGAUGGCCUCUGCCGGACUUGAGAUUUUGGGCUUGGGGUUAUGCGUGAUCGGGAGUCUCCUGGAGAUGAUGGCCUGCGGGCUGCCCAUGUGGAAGGUGACGGCGUUCAUCGAGGCCAACAUCGUAGUGGCACAGACCAUCUGGGACGGGCUGUGGAUGUCGUGCGCGGUGCAAAGCACCGGACAGAUGCAGUGCAAGAUGCACGACUCCAUGCUCGCGCUCGGCCACGACCUGCAAGCUGCCAGGGCUCUCACCGUUAUUUCAUCCGUGCUGGGCGUCAUCGCGCUGAUGGUGGUGAUACCGGGAGCCCAGUGCACCAACUGCAUCCGCGCGGAUAACGUAAAGGCGCGCAUAGUGAAUGUCGGAGGGAUACUCUACAUUGUGAGCGGCAUUUUCGUGCUCGUGCCCCUGUGUUGGAUGGCCAACAACAUCAUCUCGGACUUCUACAACCCGCAGGUGCCUACGCCCAAGAAGCGCGAGAUUGGCGCUGCGCUCUAUAUCGGAUGGGCGGCCACAGCGCUCCUGCUUUGCGGUGGUGCCAUACUUUGCUGUUCAUGUCCAUCCUCGGGAAACUCCGGAUACUCUGUGCAGUACGCUCCCACGACGAAACGGGCCGCAGCAAACGGGGACUACGACAAAAGGAAUUACGUUUAAGCUUCUGCUUCUCACUGGUCAGUAUCAACACAACUGAUCCAGUGCAAUUUUUGUCUUUGUUGUUUUUGUUGAUGCUGUUUGUUUUGUAAGAAAAAAGAUUUGCACCUACUUUUUUUCUCAUUCAGAACUGAAACAUGAGAAAACACUAUCUUCUAUGCUACUGCACACGGAAAAGUUAAUAAAUGGGCAUUUCGUCUGCCCACUGUCUCAGAAACAUUUUACGCGUCAUGGUUCACUGAGGAAUAAAGGACAUAAAAACAGGCAUUGGUUUAUUUAGGUACCUUCACUUGCAAGUCCGCCAUUUUAUAUAGACUAGCUAGUUUUAAAGCCGAUGUGAUUCUAAUGUUUACUUUUUAAAUGUUUGUUUUUCUAUAGUUUCUUUUCGGUUGACUGGUGAAUUGUAUAAUGUAGCCUAUCCUUUUUCCAAAAUGUAUGGUGUUUUAUUCUCGAAGGGCUCACCAGUGAUUUGUUUUAAUAAUCCGCCGUCACACACAGGAGUGAUGGAGAUGUUACCGCCGUUUUUUUUCCUCGGUAAAUUAACGAACCUAAACCAAAGUGGUCCAGCUGAGUUGAUAGGCCAACUUCCCCUUUGAGAGAAAAGUGUAUAGUCAAUUGAUACGCAUGACCUGUUAACACCGCAGCGCCGAAGUUGUUAUUGUUCAACUGCUGAUGAGCGCAGCUGCCGGCUGGAUCACUCUCAGAGAAGGCAAACUUUAAAACGUUGUCUCUCAGUUCUCCGGGGAAAUGCUGUUUUUUUGCCAUCCCAAAGCCUUUAUUUUUCUAAUUCUUAAGGAUGUUUUAUGCUUACUGUGAUGCUUUGAAAUGAUCUCUGAAUAAACAUUUAUUAUGAAGACAA